GUGUAGUCCACACACAUUUUUUCCAUUUCGCUCAURCAAGAGCUACGUAAAUCCAGUAAAAUAAAAUUAAAAAAACACCCAAAUUCUAUAGUUUGUCCUUUACUGGUAAACUGGUGCAUCAUGAUAUAAGUGAUAACCUGCUGCAGUGUAUUCAGACUGUGUCUUGUUCAGGGAGAAAGAUGUGGCUGCCAUUGAUGUGAACAUGGGAUGUCCAAAGGAAUACUCCACUAAGGGUGGAAUGGGAGCUGCUCUGCUAUCAAAUCCAGACAAGAUUGAAGCUAUCCUUAAAAAGCUUGUGAUGGGAGUCUCAGUACCAAUUACGUGUAAAAUCCGGAUUCUGCCUUCGCUGGAGGAGAUGGUCAGUCUGGUGCAGCGGAUUGAGAAGACCGGCGUCGCUGCUCUUGCUGUUCACGGCAGGUUUAAGGACGAGCGUCCCAGACAUCCUGUCCACUGCGAUUACAUUCAGGCUGUUGCACAGGCUGUUUCAAUCCCUGUCAUCGCAAAUGGAGGUUCUCUAGAUUUGGUGAAGACCAACAGUGAUAUCGAGAAGUUCAGGAAAGCAACAGGAGCAUCGUCUGUCAUGUUGGCUCGUGCUGCCAUGUGGAAUCCGUCUGUGUUCUGCAGCCAGGGGCCACUUCCUGUGGAAAAAGUCAUGGAGAAAUACAUUAAAUAUGCAAUCCGUUAUGACAACCAUGCUUUCAACACGAAGUACUGCCUGUGCCAGAUGCUGAGAGACAAGGUGGAGUCUCCACUGGGGAAACUGGUGCAGGCUGCACAGACCAAUGCUGAGAUAAGUGAGGCAUAUGGACUGCAAAUGGUUUACCAGGAGAUCCAGCAGGACCUUCAGGCUAAAAWGGCCGCCCUACAGAGCUGUAAUCAGCUUGACAAACCCGUAAUGGAUGGAGAUGUGACCACCAUGGCUGUCAAGUUUGAACGCAGAGACUAUCCACCGCAGAUCACACCCAAGAUGUUUCUGCUGGAAUGGAGCCGCAAAGAGAAGUUCGAACAGCCGCAYUAUGAAACGGCGCAGCGCUCUCAGGAUCGAGCAUUUCAGUCAAYUGUGACUGUUGACAACAAAAAAUACAGAUCAUCCCUUUGGGAGAAGUCGAAAAAGUUUGCAGAGCAAGCUUCUGCUAUUGUCUGCCUGCGAGUGUUGGGUGUACCAGAGGGUCGCAUUGGGGAAGAAGAUUCUGGCUUGGUCUGCAAGAGGAAGAGGGAAGGAAAGCCGAACAGCGGCGGUGAGGAAGGGAGUAGCAAGAAGCUGCAUGUAGACAUCCUGCAGGAAGCGGAAGCCCCAGAACCCACUGUGGAGAUGAAUGCUGAUGAGCAAAACCUAGCCACACCUCCAAAACAAGCAGAAGCUUCAAGAGAAGCUCUCAGUUAAAACAGAAGACAGACAGAUUUCUGCAAUGUUUGACUGAACCAGAGGACUGCAGAUCAGCCUUUUGCUGUUCUAAUAUUUUGAAGCCUGAAAACUUUCCUUGGAGGAAACACAAAAAAAAGACUCUCUCAAGAUUUGCUUAAGUCUUCCACAUUUCUAAAGGAUUAUUUUCCCAGUGGAAUCAACUGAUCCCAUCAGAUGGGACAAAGCCAGGUGGCCUUGAUGAUGAUUUUUUAUUUCAUGUAUUAGAAACUAAACUUUUGUUUUAAGUUUAAGUGGAGAGGUUUAUAUUUGUGUUUAUAGGUAAAGCAGAUCAAUUAGUUAGUUUUUCCACAAAAAUCAUAUAAACCUUAAUGCCUGUGCCUUACUGCUUAAAAUUACAGUUUAAAAUUGUUUCCUUCUUGCUGUAAAAAGUUUUGUUGUCAUUGUAAACUUAUCAAGGUGAUUUAUACAUCUUUUAAUUUACAUUCAGUCUUUAUUUCUUAAUUGGAUGGAAUAUGCUAAUAUGUCCUUAUGGAAGCUGGUUUUCUGUUUUCUGUCUGUCUUAGUGACCAAACCAACUUUACUGAUCGGGUGUAAGGACUGGACAAAACUAAAGGUACAAUGAAAACAUUUUUGAAAGACUUUCAAACGUUCUCCUGAAAUAAUGUCAUUAUGAAGAUAUGAUGCGAGAUAAUACAGAACAGAUGUAGCAUUCUAGCUUUAAACAGAUUUAUUCUCCUUGUACAUUUUGGGGAUGAAUAGAAAUAGUGAGUGACCUAUAUUGAUCGAGUCAGCGCCUCCCAAUGAUAAUUUUCUAAGUGAGCGCAGAAAACGCAUAAAGAUUUUAAAAAUCUGCAUGUGUUAAUGUUUGGGAUUUGAUAAAUGGCUUUAAAUAAGACAGACUGUGUGGGAAGAUGAUUGAUAAACAUUUCAUAAUUUUCUGUUUGUAUUAUUUUAGAAUACUAUUCUUUAUGCUGUAGACUGGAUAAUGUAAUUGUUGUAGCAGAUUUUCCCCAAAGGAUACAAAUAUACACUCUUCUACAACAGAGGGGAGGGGAAAUGUUGCCACUUUAUUUCAUGAUUCACUAAAACUGUAAAAAGAUGMUAAUGGAGAAAUUUAACCCUUUUAAAUGUUUUGCUAUUCAAGCAAAGACCCUAUUUGAACUGUUUUUGUGAAUUGCAGUGAUCAUCUGUCUUUGUUGAUUAUGAUUGUUUGGUGUUGUCAACAUGGAUGUUAAAGUGUCCCAAAGGAGCAAAAGAGCCAUAUGAAACACUUCAAAUUUAUUUUGAACAUCAAACACACAGAGACACACACUGGACUUGAUAAUCAGAAAGUUACUGAGGGUCUAAAUAUUUCCAGUCUCUUUAAUUGAGACAGCCCUAUUAAAAAAAAAAAAAAAAAUUCUGAUGUAGUCAGUCGUUAUCUCAGCGACUGACUCAGCUGAA